AAGCUAGUACCUGUUGUUGUGAAGUGGAACCAAGAUACUACUAUUGUUCAAUGGAAAGAGUACGUUGAGAGAAUAUCUCGAGAGAAUAUUAAUAUGUUCAAUGAUGUAAUAUAUAUAGACGAAUCUGAUUUCAACCUGCAUCUCUGUCAUUCUCGGGGAUGCGCACCCCGGGGAAAACCGGCCAUUAAAGAAGUAGCUACUCAACGUGGAAAAAAUAUUACAAUAAUUGCUGCAAUGAGUGGAAAUGAAAUCAUUAAAACCUCAUGCUGCUUGAGUUCAACUACUGAAAUAGUUUUUUCUAAAGUGAAAAAUUUGGUAGCAAAACAUCCUCUUGACAGCCAAGAAACAAUUCUAGAAAGAAUUGAAGAAGCAUUCAACAAG